AUGUCCACGCGGCGUUCAGCUAACUUCACGCAUCACGAAAAGCAGGUUCUACUCUCUUUGAUGCAAGAAUAUCGACAUAUAGUCGAGGACCGACACACCGAUGGAGUGACUGUUAGAGAGAAGAAUUCUGCUUGGAUUACCUUAACAAACAAAUAUAACGCCGAAAACGACGUAUCAGCGCGUUCAGUCAAGCAAUUGCGACAAUGCUGGAAGAACCUUAAAAGCCGGUCCCGGGUUGACUUUUUACGUGUUCCCGGUGAGGCAGGUAGCAACGACUCGGGGACUCUUACGUUGGUCCCGCCGGGUGGAACGUCUUCCUCUUCUAAUAUUGGAAGCGGUGGGUCUGGAAGCGCUUUGACACUUCUCACGGUUGGUGGAAUGUCGAACUCAGCAAGUACCAACGAAGUUUCGGGGUCUUCUCCCUCUAACAACACUAGCAGCAUUGAUAACGCAGGUACAAUUAUUCUUAAUAAUAUUCUUACCAAUAACAGCAACAAUAUCAAUUAUAACAAUAUCAGUAACAAUAUAAAUAGCAUUCGAUCUACGAAUGGAAUAUCCACUGGAGAUCUGUCGUCACAUUCGGGGAGCCCAGGGUUGACCGACUUCAGCCAAAGCUUGCCACCUACUACUGCAGUUGCCAACCGUCAAAGACCUGAACCCAAAACCUCAAGCAGCAACAAAAAACGCAAAAAGAAGACCCCUAACAACCGGAAAAAUAUCGGCCCGACAGCUACAGUAUCUGUUGAGGACGGCAUCGAUGAAGAGGUGACUGAAGUUAGCCGGACACGACGAAAAAGUCGGCCCUCUCUGGUCCACUUGGACUACGACAAGAACGGGGUCUUGGAGGAUGAGGAAAACGUGGCCGAGGUGGAAAGACCUCGAAGAAAAAUUCGACCGUCUGUCAUGCAUUUGGAUUAUGAUGUUUCCACCACUGUUGACGACGACGACGAUGAUGACGACGACGACGUAGGAGCAGCUGUGGUCGCCGAUGAAGAUGUAAGCGAGCGACUUCAGGUUAGCGUUGGCUACCCUCACGAUUCAGCAGUGGUGGUCAGUCAACAAGGACAUUCUCAAGAGCCGGAAGACGUUUAUCCUACCGAUACUCUUGCUGUUGUAUCAGUCUCCGGCAGCGCAGAUCGUAUCCAUUUUAACAACCACGCCUCGUCCCCUGAUCCCGAUGAUAUUCACCAUCACCAACAAAGCCAUGAAGUCAAUCUUCACUCUCAACCACAGACCGACUACCGACUGAGCCAACACAACCCAACUUCACCUCAUCACUUACAAAUACAGCCAUCCGCUUUUCAACCGACCCCACUCACAGCAAAUUCUAACCACUUGGAAGAUGGCCUGAACCACGCGACUGGCUCUGGACCUGAUAUAAAAGUUUUUGAUUCUAUCAGAGGUAUGAUUAAUUAUGAAUAUUUCUUUUUCUUUCUUUCUUAA